AGCCUGCAGAUGUUGAUCAUAUUGUAUGUGCUGAACUGCUUAACAAAGAAGUCGAUCCAAUACUUUUUGAUACAAUAGUACGAUGUAUGGUGCAUGGACCCUGUAGUUUACGCAAUCCUCAAGCUCCAUGUAUGAAGAAUGACAUUUGCAAAAAGAAGUAUCCAAAAGAAUUUCAUGACUCAACAUCUAUGGACACCAAUGGAUAUCCACAAUAUACUAAAAGAAAUGAUGGCCAUAGCUUUAAUAUUAGUAAUAAUACUGUUGAUAAUAGAGAUGUAGUACUAUACAACCCAACUCUUUGUCGAAAAUAUAACUGUCACAUAAAUAUAGAAGUUUGUGCUUCAAUACGG